GAUCUGUGCGCGUGCGGUCACCCCAGCAGGGCCUGAGCACUGUGCACGGAGUCCUCUCCGCACGGCUGCCCUCUUCUGACCGGUGUCCUCCUGUUUCAGAAACUUCACCGUCGUCAACUCCAAAGUCAUCGUGGUCACCAUCAGGCCGGAACCCAGAGCCACGGAUUCGUUUCUGGAGAUAGAGCUGGCUCACCUGGCGAACGGUACCUUGAACCCCUACUGCGUGUUGUGGGACGACUCUAAAACGAACCACUCGCCGGGAGCGUGGUCCACGCGGGGAUGCAGAACCGUGCUCACGGAUGCAUCCCACACGAAAUGCUUGUGUGAUCGUCUCUCCACCUUCGCCAUUUUGGCUCAGCAACCUAGAGAAAUAAUCAUGGAAUCCUCUGGCACACCCUCAGUGACCCUCAUAGUGGGCAGUGGCCUUUCCUGCUUGGCCCUGAUCACCCUGGCCGUGGUCUACGCAGCGUUAUGGAGGUAUAUACGCUCUGAGAGGUCCAUAAUUCUGAUUAACUUCUGCCUGUCUAUCAUCUCAUCUAACAUCCUCAUACUGGUUGGACAGACUCAGACACAUAAUAAGAGCAUCUGCACGACCACGACCGCAUUUCUCCACUUCUUCUUUCUGGCGUCCUUCUGCUGGGUGUUGACCGAGGCUUGGCAGUCGUACAUGGCUGUAACUGGGAAAAUCAGGACGCGGUUGAUCAGGAAACGUUUUCUGUGCCUUGGAUGGGGGCUGCCGGCGCUGGUGGUGGCCACGUCCGUCGGCUUCACCAGGACCAAGGGGUACGGCACCGACCACUACUGCUGGUUGUCUCUGGAGGGAGGCCUGCUGUACGCCUUCGUGGGGCCCGCGGCCGCUGUCGUCCUGGUCAACAUGGUGAUUGGCAUCUUGGUAUUUAAUAAACUUGUCUCCAGAGAUGGAAUCCUGGAUAAAAAGCUCAAGCACCGAGCCGGUCAGAUGAGCGAGCCUCACAGCGGUUUGACGCUCAGAUGUGCCAAGUGUGGAGUCGUUUCAACCACAGCUCUGUCGGCCACCACCGCCAGCAAUGCCAUGGCCUCUCUGUGGAGCUCCUGCGUGGUGCUGCCCCUCCUGGCUCUGACGUGGAUGUCCGCUGUCCUGGCCAUGACGGAUAAGCGCUCCAUACUGUUCCAGAUCCUCUUUGCCGUGUUUGAUUCUUUGCAAGGCUUUGUCAUCGUCAUGGUCCACUGCAUUCUUCGGAGAGAAGUUCAGGACGCGUUCAGAUGUCGACUGCGAAACUGCCAGGACCCGAUCAACGCAGAUUCUUCAAGCUCUUUCCCGAACGGGCAUGCUCAGAUCAUGACAGACUUUGAAAAGGAUGUUGACAUUGCUUGUCGAUCAGUGCUGCACAAGGACCUGGGGCCCUGCCGCGCCGCCACCAUCACGGGGACGCUGUCCCGCAUCUCCCUCAACGACGACGAGGAGGAGGACAAGGGCGCCCACCCCGAGGGGCUGAGCUACUCCACCCUGCCGGGCGGCGUCCUGUCCAAGGUGGUGCUGCCGCCGCCCGCCGCCCUGCACCGGCCCGGGCCCCUGAGCGAGCUGCGCGGCGCCUGCCUGGAGGAGAGCGGCGAGCUGCGCCGGACCGUGUACCUGUGCGCCGACGAGGACCUGGGGCGCCCGCCCGACCGGAGGGUGGACGGCGACUACCUCGUGGUGCCCCGCGGCUGCUGCACUACCCCGUGA